UUUGUCCACAAACAGGUCUUCUUAGAAGUGGUGGAGGCUUUCAGUUUGGUUUUUUUUUUUUCAAUUCAUGGGCUAAAAGAUGUUCGGACCUUGGAUGCUCUUUAAUCAAGACUCCCAGUGUCGAAAAGAGAUGGCAGUAUUAGGGAAAUAUCAAGUAAUAUUUCUACUAGCCAUAGUAGGAAGCUCCUGUUCGGCUUCACCUUUGGAAAUACAAACAUUUCAGCCAGCAGUCGUCCCUAUAAGAGCAGUCACAACCCUGACCAUCAAAACUAACAGCGUUCUGAACAUGACGUCAAACAGCAGCCUUCAGUGUCGCUUCAAAGACAUUUCAGUUCCGGCCAGAAUGCAAGAUGGUUUUAUAUUCUGUGACACGCCGCCAAUGAGAAAUGUUGACCGAGUUUCUGUUCAUCUUGAUGUUGGUGGGCAACUGUAUAAGACAAAAACGCCGCUCUACUUUCAUGAGCCCUUCAAAGUAUCAAACAUCUCACCCUCAGUUGUCUCGCCGGCUCAAAGUAUUCACUUGACCAUCAGCGGCAUCUCCUGUAAGGACUGGAUACGGUAUUUCGUCAGAUUUCAAACAGCGAAUGGUACAAAAAAGACCCAACAGGGGAUCUGUAGGGAUUCCAUUGUUUCUUGCUAUGUUCCUGAGUUUCCACCCAGCACUCGUCUGCGAGUUGGCUUGACUCUAAGUAACAGGCUGGUGGAGUGGGUUUCCAAGAAGAUUCUUAUCCAAUAUCCAAUUGACGCAAUCAAGAGUACCGUCGAGGAUGUUAGAACUGAUACCACCAGAAAAGGGACAUUCACAUUCUUAGUUGUAUUACGAGACCGAUUCAAGAAUCCCCUGAGAGCCAUCGAAGAUGAAAACAGGAAAUAUGCCAGAAUAUCUGUUCAGUAUUCCUCAAGAGAAAAUCUAGGAUCGAUGAAGUUUCUAGAGUGCCCUAUGACUCGAAAGAUUAACAGUGCUGAGGAUGCUUACAUGCUUAGCUGCACAGGAGCAGAGAAGGAGAAAAUAUACUUUUAUCCUUCCAUAAACAAUGUUCCUCUCGGUGGGCAGGAGAAAUAUGAAGCAACGACUACCCUUUGUCCUGGGAGAAACAGUUGCGUAGCAGCGGAGCCCAAGGCCUUCCCGUUCUCUCUUGUGCUCGGUUGUGGAGGGGCCGCUCUUCUGCUAUUACUGUUUGCAGUUAUAUUUCUCGUGCGACGCGCAUGCAGGCGUGCAAGGUACCUGGUUAAAAGAAAACAACAGGAGGUACAAGCUGUUUCAGCGGAGCUAGAAAUGGAAGUCUCUUUACCUAGCCAUGAGAUAAUUGAGGAUCUAACGCGUGCUCGUGAAGGGGAGCUUGAAAACCCCGCUCUCGAAGCAAGGGAGGCUAUUCACAUAGAAGAAUGUGGAACAGUUCAAGCACAAGACGAUGACCAGAAGAAAGAAAGAAGGCUGGAACAUGAAAUGCGUGGGAAGGAAAGAAAACGUCCAGAAGAAAUUGAGAUGUCUUCGAUGAAAGAAGAAGUAGAUGGAAAGUCCACCUGUACUGCAAGCCUACCAUCCUUGGUAGGACGUUUGAUAAAUCUGACCUCUGUUGAACAGGGAGGAACUGAGUCAGACGAUGAUGAAGUAAACCUACGAAGCCAGGCACAGGAGCAAACAAUGACUGUCAUAGACGAGAUUGACGCAAAACUUCAAGAGAUAGAGAAGCGACGCAAACAACAGGGAGGGGAAGUUGGAGCUCAAAAGGCGAGAGAAAUCGUAAUAGCUUUGCGAAAAGCAUAUGGAGCACCAAGCAGCACUGGAAACUUUAAUGUACUGCCUCUGAUCGAAGAACUUCAAGAGAGCAUUUCAAGUUUCGAGGAGUGAUAAAAAUACAAAAUCUCACUUCUCUAUGGGGCUGUGAAAAUGAAAUGUAGCGUUCAAACACGUGAUGAACUACGCGCAAUUUUAUCAUUCGAAGCCACGCUGGCACAAGUAAAAAUCAUGCAAUAAGUGACAAUAGAGUGGAAUCUUAUUUUUUAACAUAAAGUACAGACGGCAUCAUUCUGCAUUUCCAUUUUAACCCUUUUCCUCUAGGGAAAAAUCAGUUUUUAUCUAGAAGUCCUGCUUUUUUUGUGCUCAAUUAUGACUAGGGAAGGGGGAAAAAUACAAAAAAAUUAAAAAAAUCAAAAAAAUUAAAAGAAUAAACAUGAAAAAGCUUCGCUAAAACGGCUUGUAAGAAUCAAUGUAGAAACUGUAGAGAUCGUUCUGAGUUCCGGAAGAAAUCAAAACGAUCAGAAAAUUUCUGUUGUUGCGAAAACGAAUGUUCCCAAAAUUGUUUUCUUUGGGCUUCGACCUAAAUGAUAUAUAAUUUUGACAAUCGACCUCAGAGACGACCAGUCAGAAUUUCCAGGCUCUUGUUGCAUGUGUAACUAUUCGGCUUGUCUAAUUACUAGCAGCCGAGACAAUCGGUUUGCAGCGCAUAAAAUCACAGCGCAUGUUUUGUUUGCUUCUGAGACUGUGCUAAUAGCGUGCAGCAUCGUUAACUGCCUCCCUGACAAAAUUGACAAAGAAAAAGUUGACGACGCAAUAGCAUUUUCGUCUUUUCAUCAAGAACGAUUGUUUGGGCAAUAAUUACGUAAUGAAGGACAGAUUGUGUACAUCAGUGCUAGAAAUAAUAACUUUGUUGUUUGAUCAAUAGUAUGAUUCUGAAUGUCUUAAAUAGGUAAGUGUAGAGUGAAUUAAACUGAAUUAAAAAUUGCAACAUUUACAUGUCAACACAAACUGUAAGAUGAUACCAGUCAUGUAACCCUUUAGCUCUCCGGAUGUCAUUAGAAAUUCUCUCAUAGAACUCAAGUUCUACAUAUUUUCA